GGCACACUCCCAUGCAUCUGCUAUCAUCAUCCCCUUCAACACAACUACAUCCAGCUCCAUCACUGACAUCAAAACAGUUUUCAGGAUCCACAGGCAAAGGGAGCAGAGAUUCUUUCAAGCAGUGUUUUAGAGAAGAAGAAAAAAAGAGCAACAGAAACUCAUCAUGUCUUUUGAAGUGAAGGAGAAGACGGAGGUGCGUCUGGUGUUUUUGGGAGCAGCAGGAGUGGGGAAGACAGCCCUCAUCCAACGCUUCCUCAAAGACACUUUUGAGCCCAAGCACCGGCGGACAGUGGAGGAGCUCCACAGGAAAGAGUACGAGGUGGCGGGUGUCAAGGUCACCAUCAGCAUCAUGGACACCAGCGGCAGCUACUCCUUUCCUGCCAUGCGGAAGCUCUCCAUCCAGAGCAGCGACGCCUUUGCCCUGGUCUACGCCGUGGAUGACCCAGGAUCCCUGGAGGCAGUCAAGAGUCUGCGAGAGGAGAUCCUGGAAGUCAAAGAGGACAGGUACACGCCUAUCGUGGUGAUAGGCAACAAGAUAGACCGUCGAGACGAGCGCCAGGUGUCCAGCAAGGACGUGCUGUCCAUGAUGGAGCUGGACUGGAACCACAGCUUCGUGGAGUCCUCUGCCAAAGACAACAUCAACGUGCUGGAGGCUUUCAGAGAGCUGCUCCAGCAGGCCAACCUGCCCAGUCGGCUGAGUCCAGCGCUGUGCCGGAGACGGGAAACCUUCCCCAAGGAGAGCAAAAAGCGACCUCCUCUGAACAAGACCAAGAGCUGCCUCGUCUCAUAAUGACGUGGAGCUGCUCGGAGGGCAACGACGUCUAAGGAGAUCGAGAGAAAACUGCCCAAAAAGAGACCGAAAGGGCUUUGUUGGUGGGGACGGACAGGCUGGAAAGCAUGGCAUCUAACCCCGUGACAGCAAUGGAGGCACAGAGAUGCAAGAAUGAGGAUGGACCAUGUAACCAUGAAAACAGAUACCACCUUAAAGUGCUCAUAUUAUGCUUUUUUGCUUUUCCCCUUUCCUGU